AUGUCAACGGCAGCGGCUUCUUCAGCUACUCAUCAUCAGCCCGGCACUUCAGCCGCGGCCACAGGCUCUUCAUCUUCUUCGUUUUCUUCAUUAUCUCCUCGCCCGCCGACAUCUCCUCCUCCCACGAUUGCAUCUCCAUCAGUCGCCCAUGCCCAUGCUCAUGCACAAAUUCCCUCCGCAGCGCAGCAGACCUCGCCGCCUCCUCCGCAACUGCAGCCCACGCUCCCGUCGGCCGAGACGCAGCGCCACGUAGCGGAAGCACGUCGCGCUGUCGUCGCAACGCUAGAGAACAUGAUGGACUCUGAGCUGCAGUGGCGCGCAUCCACGUUGCAUUCCAACGCCUCGGCGCUGAGUAAGCAAGCACAGGAUGUGCAGCGUGCGACCGAAGGACUGCGUCGUGAAAACGUGAAGCUUGCGCGGGAGGCAGACGCUGCAGCGCGGAGGCUAAAGGAGCUUGGUAACGUGCAGAACUGGGCUGAGGUGCUGGAGCGCGACUUUCUCGUCCUGGAGGAGACGGUUAGACUCGCAAAUAGCGAUCGGAGCUGUAGCUGCAGCGAGUGUGGAAGCUACACUGGGAGUGAGAGUGAGGGCGAGGGUGGUGAUGAGGGCGAGGACCAGCGGGCCAUGGAGCUUGGUCAAGAAGAGAGGAGCAAGGGUGUUGAAGGGCGCAAGACGCUCGAUGUUGAGAUGGAUAUCGAUACGGAGAACCAUGUGCCGGGUACAUUUUCCGAUGCUAGUAGGAGCUUGACGGAGGCAGAUUCAAGCGUGGGAAGGGGGCCUAAGGGAUCAGAUACGGCUUCUAUGUCUACGAUGUCACGAUGA